CCCUGUUGAGGAGGACAGAGAGACAAAGAUAAUCUCAAAAGAUGAGAAAGGUCGCAGUGCUGGCAGCUCUGGGAGGAACUUCUGGGUGAGUGGAUUGGCUUCCACCACCAGAGCCACAGACCUGAAGAAUCUGUUCAGCAAAUAUGGGAAGGUGGUGGGUGCCAAAGUGGUGACCAACGCUCGCAGUCCUGGCGCUCGCUGCUACGGCUUCGUCACCAUGUCCACGGCAGAGGAGGCCACCAAGUGUAUCACUCACCUCCACAAAACAGAGCUGCAUGGGAAGAUAAUUUCUGUGGAAAAAGCAAAAAAUGAACCUGCUGGGAAGAAGACAAGUGAAAAAAAAGAGAAUGAAGCAAAGAGAGAAACAGCCAGUGAGAGACCUGGCAGUGUUAAAAGGGAUGAGAAAUCUGACCAAAAAGAUGAUGCGAAAAAGACAGAAGACAAAGAUGAAAAGGACAAAAAGGAGAAAGAUGAAGCGAAAUCUGGUUCAUCAGAUCAACCCAAAACUGUUAAGUCAGGAAGUAAAGGAACAGAGAGAACAGUAGUAAUGGAUAAAUCCAAAGGAGAACCUGUUAUUAGUGUGAAAACAUCAAGUUCUUCAAAAGACAGAAGCGUGAAGAGCCAGGACCGCAAGUCUGAGAGCAGAGAGAGGCAGAGCAUUGUGCCCUUCGACAAGAUCAAGGCCCAGAGGAAGAUGAGGGAGGCCGAGCAGCGCCGCACACGUGAGCGCCGGGAGAGGCAGCAGCACCUGCAGACGAUCCGCGAGCGCGAGGAGAGGGAGAGGCUGGAGAUCGCCAGGGAGAGGCUGGAGAUAGAAAGGCAACGCCUGGAGAGAGAGAGGAUGGAAAGGGAGAGGCUGGAGAGGGAGAGGAUGCACAUCGAGCACGAGAGGAGGAGGGAGCAGGACAGGAUCCAGCGGGAGCGUGAGGAGCUGCGGCGGCAGCACGAGCAGCUGCGCUACGAGCAGGAGAGACGCUCGGCCAUGCGCAGACCGUACGACAUGGACGGCAGGAGGGACGAGCCGUACUGGCCCGAGGCGAAGCGCAUGGCGCUGAGCGAUCGCUACCACUCGGACUUUGGGCGCCAGGAUCGAUUCCACGACUUCGACCACCGGGAGCGCGGCCGGUACCAGGAGCACUCCAUGGACAGGAGAGAUGGAUCGAGGACAAUUAUGGGAGAUCGGGAUGGGCAGCAUUAUCCGGACGAGCGCCACGGAGGCCCCGAGCGGCACUCGCGGGAGUCGCGGGAGAGCUGGGGAGGCUACGGCUCCGACAGAAGGAUGAGUGAAAGCAGAGGGAUCCCCCCCCAGUCACGGGAUGGACGUGACUGGGGCGAUCACAGUCGGAAGUUCGAGGGACACCAGGAUCGCUCAUGGCAGAGCAGUGUGGACGGAGGGAUGAUGGGGAGGGAUCAUGAGAGAUGGCAAGGUGGAGGCAGAGGCAGACCUGGCCACGUGAUGCAUCGUGGAGGCAUGUCAGGGCGUGGAAGUUUCAUGCAAGGUGGCAAUCAAAGUCAGAUCAUGCAUGGAGGAGGAAUGCAAGGAGAAGGAUUCGCUGGCCAGGAGAGAGCAAACAGACCCAACGAUCCUCGUUUCAACCGUCGCUACUGAGUGUGUUUGGUUUUUAAUGCAAGGUGGCAAGUGAAACAGGUGUUACCCAGGGUUACCACUCACUGUAACUUAGGGGCUACUGUAAGUGUCAUUUUUUUUAAGCUGCUGCCAUAUUCUGUCACUCGAUCCAAUGUGAACUCAUUUGUUUUGUAAUGUGUUGUUCAUACCCCAUUUUAAAUGUUUGUUAAUGAAGCAUUCCAUUUUCCAUAAAUAAAUGCCAGUUUACAGUUA